UUUGAUCUCUAUUCUCAAGCUGAUUCUUCCUUGUUUGGUAGCUCUCUUAGUAGCUACUUUCUUUUUUUAUUUCUUUGCUUCAUUUUUAUCUGCUGCCAUUUCACCUUUAUUUCUUUCUGCUAGUUUCUUCUCCAUCUCUGUUUCUCUAUAUAUUUCCAACUCUUCGAGCUUUAUCUACAAGUCUAGGCAGUAGAAUAAGAGAUUUAUUUAGAACUUAUAGUAGUUUGUCUGAUUAAUGGGCGACUCUUCUGCUUCAUAUAUCAACUUGGUGCAGCAUCUUAUAGAAGAGUGUUUGAUAUUCAACAUGAGCAAAGAAGAGUGCAUGGAAGCUUUGUCUAUGCACGCAAACAUUAAACCAGUCAUUACUUCAACAGUUUGGGAUGAAUUGGAGAAAGAAAACAAAGAGUUCUUUGAGGCAUACCUAAAGGGCAGAGAUCAGAGAGCAACUGAAAUAGAGAAAAGGCAAAGGAUUCAGAAGAAGCUUAAUACUUUCUCGAGUACUCAAUAGAAAAUUUUUAAACUAGAUUUUUGAGUUUUGAAUCUAAAAGACAUGAAGCGGCGCCGUGUGAAUUGGUACAGUAGUUGGGAAACGUGACGGUAUGUGGCAUUGUGAGAGCAGUAUAUGGACAAGGGGGUUGCAUGAGUUGAUGGUACGUUGCAUAAACGUGGCACCGCCCUCUUUGUUUCUUUUGUAAUUGGGUCGCUUAUUUACACGUUUAACGACAAUCUAAGCUAUGAGUGCAUGUUUUGCUAGCUUUAACAAUUGAAAGUUAAAUAGGGAUCUGGGGACCAUGUUCAAAGGAGACGACGUUGCGUCAAUUCUCAAGAGUCCCAUGUUUUUAGUGUUUUUAUAGCAAAGAAUUUCGAGCGAGAGAUCACUUUAUUAUAUGCCCAUUGCCAAUCAAACAACACUUCUCUUUUUAUUUGUGUU